AUGAUGGGAUACGGGUACGACGAACUGCUACCAGGCGCGGUUGUGGAUUUUGAAAACUCGGAAUUUUACGCUAGUCUUGGCACAGACGAAGCCGAAAGAAAGCAAAAUUUUGAUCAGGCUUCGCGUGAGAAAAUGCGGUGGCGUCCACAGCUCUUUAAGGCCCUGCAAUUCGCACUACAAGAUAUUAGGUUCUAUACGUACAAGGAAAGCGAGUCGAAAUGGAUACCGCAUAAGGUAAAAUUGUUUGCUGUGACUACCUAUUCAUUGCUGAUGAGUGAAGUUCUGCGAUAG